GCGGGGUCGAGACGAGACGGUCGAGGCGCGCGGGGCUGAGAGGGAAAGAUUGCAGCUGUUUGGACAAGGGUGGUGUGAUCACUAUCAACGAGCGGUACCUAGGGGUUGUGGCAAGCAGACUGGGUUGACCUGGUUGGCGAUCCCGUUACCAUGGGCGGCUUGACAAACCGCCACCCCACCCCGGCGCGCGCGAGGCUUUGGCUCUUGGCCUUGGCCACGCUCACUCUCGGGGCCUGUGGAAACCACGUUUACAUUGGCGGUCAAUGUGGCGACACCGCUUCGCCAGACGAGGCCAUUGUUUCCGUGUCUGAAAACGAAUGCGUCUUUUCCAUGGGUUACUAUUCCACCUUUUCCUGCCUACCCAAUGGCGAGGUGGGGGUCCGCUUUUUCAGUGAUUCACUCUGCCACUCGGAGUUGGAAAAUGAAGGCACCCACCACGCCAGCUCGGAGAACAACUGCCUGUUUGAGACGUUUCCCAUUUCGUGCACCGCACAACACCCCGCCAACGUGCGCGCGCUGAUGCAGUUGCAUUCAGAUGAACAUUGUGACGCCGGUGCCUUUGUGGUGGCGUUGGCCUUGCGCGAUUCUUGCGAAGCCUCCCUCACCUUUGCGUCGUCUAUGUACAAGACGUCCGUGGGCAUGCUCUGCAGCAAUAAUGCCUGUCGCACGCAUCUCACCCGGCAGUUGGCACAUAAUCGCAUCACGGCCACGUGUCAACCCAAUGGCGGAGCCACCAUCCGCUUUUACUCGGAUGAUUGUAGCGAGCUGUUGCUAGAAGAGUCUGUUCGUGCCAACGAAUGCUUCACCUCGGCCCAUGACCUCGAAGAGGGAGCCAUGCAUACGCUCGGCGUCAUGGCCAUGAAGCAAAUCGCAUCCUUCAGCUUUGACUGCCUGCACACAUCGGGCAGCAAGUUGGGCGUUGAAAAAUCAACAGGUACCGGCACCACGUCGGCGCCAAGCUUAUGGCUGGCCCUGGCCAUGAUUUCGCUGCUUGUCCUCAACGCCUGAAAGCUUCUAUUGAGUUUGCUAAACUGAUCCGCAGUCUCGUUGUGAUUGUUUUCGAUCCAGUCUUAAAUUUUGUCGCUCUGAUCUACAUUGUACUUUAUUCAUUCGCUCGCGGCUAAGCACGACCGUCCGCAAUUCAGACCAAAAGGUAC